UAAAGUUUGCUGAAAGAGAAAUGGAAACGGCUGCACAAACAGACAUCCCAAUUAAAUGGGAUUUCAGUUGCGACUUGGACGUAGAUUACGAGUCCGAGGAAAAUGCUUGCAUGGUGUAUUCAGCUUUAGCAGUUGAUAAGGAGUUGCAGCCAGACAAAGUGAAAAGACAGAUGACAGUCUCUGAUGGGAAGCUUUCAGUGCACUUUGAGGCAGUUGAAGCAAGAUUUCUUCGUGCAUCAUAUACUGCUUUCGUUGAUGUUCUUAAACUCGUGACCAAGACUGUCGAAGAAUUUGGUAAAGGAAUGGAGUUGUAACAUAUUGAAAUAUAUAAUUGAGUAAAUGUUAUGGUUCAUAAAAUGAUAAUUGAUAUUCUUAUUAGUAUAUUGUAUG